UAUGCAAUCGAAAAGGAAACAAAUGAAGAUGGAGUUGGUGUCGUGUGAGAGACGAUUACAAAAACUUAUUAAUAAGACGACAUUUAAACAUGCUACCAACUAUAGCGAAAACCUGAACGCGGUGACACUGGAAAACAAAAUAAUCAAAUUUGAUAAACUUAUAUACAUCGGAUUUGCAGUAUUGGAUAUAUCGAAAACAAUGAUGUAUGAUUAUCACUACAACGUAAUGCAGAAGCACUAUGGUGAUAAUAUCAAACUUAUGUAUACUGAUACUGAUUCAUUGGUAUACCUUAUUCAAACCGAAGAUUUUUACAAAGACUUGAUUGAGAAUUCCAACUUGAUGGAUAGGUUAGACACGGCGGACUUGCCUCCUAUCCAUCCGUGUUACACUACAGCUAGGAAGAAGGUGCCCGGGUUUUUCUCGGAUGAAUUAAAAGGACAUACGAUGACGGAGUUUUGUGCACUACGUGCAAAAUCAUACGCGUAUAACAUAUAUGCAGGAGAAGAUGAUGCGGUAAGAGACAAUACGUUCAAAGUUGGUGGUGAAAAGAUCAAAGCCAAGGGGGUAAAGCAGCAUGUGAUUAAAACCCACAUGACGUUGGAGGACCAUAGGAGGUUUGGUCAAGCUGGAGUGGAAGCGUACCGAGAUAAUGUAUCGAUUAGAUCAUUCAAACACCAGUUGAUGACCAUAAGAACGAAAAAAUUAACGUACAACAGUUACAAUGACAAAAGAGUGGUAUUGGACGAUAAAAUUCAUUUUAAUUCAAAUUUAUUCAAUUGUUAUUGA